AAGGAGGCUGGGGAGGCCUUGUAGGAUUUCUGAGGGUUCAAGAGGUAGGGUUUCUGGGCCCCGAGGGUGCUCCACAUGGGUCAGAGGGCGUGAGGCCUCUGCCAGAGCUGCGGCCUCCCUCCCAACCCCGGGUGUUUCCAGCCAGAGUCGCAGGCACUUCCUCGUUCCCGCGCGCCCCAGGCUCAGCUCGAAACGCCCAGCGCCGGCGCUGCUCAGGUGGGAGGGGGCCAGAGGAGAGAUGUCGCAACCGCCUCCCUUCCUCUUUCCCCGCCUAGGCGCUCAGUCACCUCCCAGAUGAGUGCACUCGCAGACGGCUGCGGGGCCGUGGGGAGCCGGGCAUGUCCCCUGAGGGCGCGCAGACGGCGGGCACUGAGCCCGCGCGCAGCCUGGAGAGGGCCAACCGCACCCGCUUCGCUUUCUUCUCCGAUGUCAAGGGCGACCACCGGCUGGUGCUGAGCGCCGUGGAGACCGUGGUGCUGGCACUCAUCUUUGCGGUGUCGCUGCUGGGCAACGUGAGCGCCUUGGUGCUGGUGGCGCGCCGGCGGCGCCGAGGCACCACCGUCAGCCUGGUGCUCAACCUUUUCUGCGCGGACUUGCUCUUCACUAGCACCAUCCCUCCUGUGCUGGCGGUGCGUUGGACCGAAGCCUGGCUGCUGGGCCCGGUCGCCUGCCACCUGCUCUUCUACGUGAUGACCCUGAGCGGCAGCGUCACCAUCCUUACGCUGGCGGCCGUCAGCCUGGAGCGCAUGGUGUGCAUCGUCCGCCUGCAGCGCGGCGUGCGGGGCCCAGGGCGGCGGGCGCGGGCGGUGUUGCUCGCGCUCAUCUGGGGCUACUCGGCGCUCGCCGCGCUGCCCCUCUGCCUCUUCUUCCGCGUGGUCCCUCAGCGGUUCACCGGCGCCGACCAGGAGAUUCUGAUUUGCACACUGGUUUGGCCCAGCAUUGCCGGAGAAAUCUCCUGGGAUGUGUCAUUUGUGACUUUGAACUUUUUGGUCCCGGGACUACUUAUUGUGAUCAGCUACUCCAAAAUUUUACAGAUCACGAAGGCAUCCAGGAAGAGGCUGACGAUGAGCCUGGCGUACUCGGAGAGCCACCAGAUCCGCGUGUCGCAGCAGGACUUCCGGCUCUUCCGCACCCUCUUCCUGCUCAUGAUCUCCUUCUUCAUCAUGUGGAGCCCCAUCAUCAUCACCAUCCUCCUCAUCCUCAUCCAGAACUUCCAGCAGAACCUGGUCAUCUGGCCGUCCCUCUUCUUCUGGGUGAUGGCCUUCACGUUCGCCAACUCAGCCGUCAACCCCAUUCUCUACAACUUGUCACUGUUCAGGAACGAAUGGAGGAAAAUUUUCCACUGCUGCUUCUUCCCAGAAAAGGGAGCCAUGUUUACAGACACGUCUGUCAGAAGAAAUGAUCUGUCCGUUAUUUCCAGCUAGUUACUGUUUCUCUAUAGACAUGUAUUUGUCGCUCUCUGGCAAGUCGUGGUGUGUUUUCAAAGGGAGUUAAUUUCCGGACCAUUGCACCAGUGUACCUGCUUUAAGAAAAUGUAACCUAUGCAAAUACUUAUUUACAGCGCCAGUAAAUUAAGGGGUGAUCAUUCAGAAUUACAAUUUUAUCCUUCGUAAAAGGAUUUGCUGGGGAUUCUUUCCAAUAUGAACUUUUUCAGUGUAUUAGUAAUAGGAUUGAAUUUAAUAAAUUUUUAUUUAUAACUGUUCAGCAA